AGUAGUAGUCGUCGCCUCGUCGCGGCCCAUACCACCACCACUAUCACCACCGUACAGUGACAUAUUUGGGCCGAUUUCUGGGCGAAUCUUCGUCGCAGCCGUCGUUUUCUAACCUAAGCCACGUAACGUCCGCACGAAUCGUCCUCCAGGUGCACAGCGUAUACGUGUUGUGUCAGUCCAUCCUUCGUCGCGAUGCAGCACAUCAGCAGACCGUCCUCGUAGUGACCACCGCCGCGUCUCGAAUUUCGGAGCCCUUUCCUUUUCUGCGUAUAUAUGUGUUCUCGCGUCUCGCUCCCAUAUACACUAUAGCCAAAUAUAUACUUAUAUACUUCGCGCAAAAUAGAGUUUCAUGCGUCCAUCCGAAGAGUCGACUCGCGUAUACAAGUAAUCAUCAUUAUCAUCAAGACUCUGUUGUCCUCGGGGUCAUCCUUGAAAGCUGUCUAACUGAGGUGCGUUUGUGCGAAUUUCGAGGAAGAUAAGGAGGAAGGAGGAGCUCAUCCGAGUGCUGCACGAGAGCGAUAAUAUGAGGGAACGAAUGACGAGUGACUUUUAAAAAGGUCGGCGAUUCCGCAUCGAUCGUCCUUUUUUUGCGACAGAAGAAAGUACCUGUUGGUGUAACACAGUAACAAUGAUGGAGCUGAGUCAUAGUUUGACCCUCAAUGAGGAUGCACUUAAUCAAAUUACCGAAGCAAAGCGUCCAGUUUUUGUUUUCGAAUGGCUAAGAUUUUUAGACAAAGUUUUAAUAGCUGCUCAAAAGAACGAUAUCAAAGGAUGUCAGCAGAAAUUAGUAGAACAAUUGACAAGGCACAUGCAAGGUGCUCCAGGACCACCCACUCGUCGCUUGAUAGCGCGAUGUUUAGCAACUCUAUUCAGUGUGGGUGAUACAUUUUUGCUCUUUGACACCGUGAACAAAUGCAAUGACAUUUUGAAGAACAAAGAUGACUCACCAAGCUUCCUUCCUACGAAACUUGCUGCAAUAUGUUGUGUUGGUUGUAUGUAUGAAAAACUUGGAAGAAUGAUGGGACGUUCAUAUGAGGAAACAGUGCAAAUUUUAAUCAAAUCCCUACGUUCUGCUGAAUCUCAGACUCGCAUUGAGAUCAUGCAUACCUUGGAGAAGGUUUGUGCGGGCAUGGGUUCCGCUGUUACUAAUGUUCACAAAGAAAUAUACAAAGUUUGCAGGCAUUGUUUGACCGAUCGGGUCAUGGCUGUGAGAUGUGCUGCUGCUAAAUGUCUUCUGGAAAUGCUGCAUCAUGCACCAUUUUUAUACACGACUGAAAUUGAAAGUGUAGCGACCUUAUGCUUUCGAGCAUUUGAAGGAUCAAAUUACGAAGUGCGAUGUUCAGUUGCAAAAUUAUUAGGUACACUCGUCGCGAUGACGCAAUUACCCACACCGAAAGGUCAAAAUCCUAUAAGUAUUCAAAACAAAAAUUUUAAACAAAUCUCAUUAGAAGAAGUCUUAAAUAUUUUGAUGUCUGGAUUCUUGAGAGGAGGCGUUGGAUUUUUAAAAGGAACUGGAGAAAUAAUCAAAGGCAGCUCUGGAGUCAACAGAGAAGUUCGCGUGGGCGUAACACACGCUUACGUAGUUUUUGUGCAAAUGUUGGGAAGCACAUGGCUAGAACGUAACAUCGGCACACUAGUCGGUCACGUGCUAGAUCUGGUUGCGAAUCCAAAAGCUGCAAGCUCUCACGUAGAUGCUGUUUACUCAAGAAAAUGUAUAAAUUUCAUACUCAGAGGAACCAUCGGAAAAUUGCUUGGUGAAGGAGCUCAAGCGGCUGCAUGCAAAGAAAUUGCGCACGUUAUUUUAAAACAAAUGAAUUCAAUUGAUUUCAGUCCCGAAAACGCGAAGGAUUGCAAUCAAGAAACAUUAUUUAGUCAACAUUUGCUAGUCUGUGCUUUGCAAGAAAUGGGAAAUUUGAUUCUUGGAUUAGGAACUACAGCCUCUAAUCUGUUGAAUGAUCAAUCUUUAAAUCUAAUUGAAACUACAAUGGCUGUUUUGGUGCAUCCCUGUCAAGCUGCCAGGCUUGCAGCAGCGUGGUGUUUGAGAUGCAUUUGUGUUGCUGUACCAAGUCAAAUAACACCUCUAAUUGACCGUUGUGUCGAGAGCAUAGAAAAUAUGAGAACAUCUCCAGAAGCAAUUACAGGAUACAGUAGUGCAUUAGCCGCAGUCUUAGGUAGCGUCCGAUUUUCACCUCUUGGAGUUCCACACACCAAAGGAAAAAUUAUAUUCAAUACCGCCGAAGAACUUUUGAGAAGUGCAAGUCAAAAUAGUCGGCUAUCCUUGAAUCGGACUCAUGCAGGAUGGCUUCUUAUUGGAGCUAUAAUGACUUUAGGUACUGCUGUUGUAAAAGGACUAUUGCCAAGAAUGCUACUUCUCUGGAGGAACUCAUUUCCCCGUUCUAAUAAGGAGCUGGAAAGUGAAAAAGCGCGUGGUGAUGCAUUCACAUGGCAAGUCACUCUAGAAGGUCGGGCUGGAGCUCUAUCUGCAAUGCAUAGCUUCCUGUUGCACUGUCCUGAAUUGGUGAACGAUGACAUUACAAGGCGUCUUCUUACGCCUAUCGAGUCUGCGUUGGCUAUGUUAACAAAUCUAUCAACUGUAUUAAAAUGUUAUGGUCAACAACUUAAGGCUCCAGCUGCAAUGGUUCGUCUUCGAUUAUACGAAACGUUGUUAUUACUUCCGCCACAAACAUUUGAAGGUUCCUACACUCAUCUGCUCAGAAUGUUAGUGUCUGAAUUCACGUUAGCAGAAAACCCUGGAAAUACAACUACUUCCUUGCUUCGAACAGUAUGCCAUGCGAACAAUUCCGUUAUACUUGGUACCUGGCUACAAGAAACUGAUCACAGAACAAUAGAAGACCAGAUGGAACCUAACAGAAGAGCUGAUGUGGAACAUUUACAGCCCAAUAGUGCAGCCGGAUCUGGCGCAUUAGAGCACAAUUCUUGUUGUCUGUAUCGUCCCAUACCACAAGAUGAAUCCCUUCCAGGUCCAUUACCAUUAGGUGUGGCAGUGAUUGAUAUGUCGGUUUCACUAUUUGGUCAAAUAUUUCCACGAGUGGCAAAUAAACAUCGCUUACAGAUGCUAGAUCACUUCAGCGAAUGCAUAAAGCAUGCAAAAUCUGGUAGACAGGAGGCUAUCCAAAUGAACGUCUUCACAGCGGUUCUUAGUGGAUUAAAAGGGCUAAACGAAGCGAAAACCAGUUUUGGUCAGGAAGAUGUAAAGAAAUCAGCUACAAAUCUUAUAAUUAGUUCUUUAGUUAGCAGCAAUGCUAUUCUACGUUGGGCUGCUGGCGAAGCGGUUGGUCGUAUGGCACAAGUUAUUUCAGAUGCAAAGUUCACCGCCGAAAUGGCACAAACGAGCUUUGAUCGUUUAAAAUCUGCUCGCGAUGUUGUUAGCAGGACUGGACACUCGCUAGCAUUGGGAUGUCUUCACAAAUACGUUGGUGGUAUGGGAUCUAGUCAACAUCUCAACACCAGCGUCAGCAUCUUACUUGCAUUGGCUCAAGAUAAUUCUUCACCCGUCGUACAAGUGUGGGCACUUCAUGCAUUAGCUUUGAUAGCAGAUUCUGGAGGCCCUAUGUUCCGAGGCUAUGUUGAACCGACUCUUUCUUUAGCAUUAACCCUGUUAUUAAAUGUGCCACAUUCUUACAUUGACGUGCAUCAGUGCAUCGGAAAAGUUCUAGCAGCGAUGAUUACUACAAUAGGUCCAGAACUGCAAGGAAAUACUUCUUCAAUAUGCAUGGCUCGGUCCUCAUUUUUGUGCGCUUGUGCCAUAAUGCAAGAUCAUCAGGACUCUCUUGUCCAAGCUGAGGCUACCGGAUGUCUGCAACAGUUACACUUGUUCGCUCCACGUCAUGUCAAUUUGUCUUCGCUAGUUCCUACAUUAUGCCGAACGUUAUCAAGUAAUCACCUACUACUCCGUAAAGCAGCAAUAUCGUGCCUUCGUCAAUUGGCACAGCGCGAAGCAAAAGAAGUGUGCGAGCACGCAAUGACAUUAGCUAACGAAAGCAGAGACACAAACGUCGUUGAAGGACUGGUAAUAACGGAAACUGGACUUCCUGGGGUCUUAUUCAGUAUGCUCGACACGGAAACUGACAGUCAACUAAUCAAAGAAAUUCAUGACACAUUAACAAGCAUGCUCCAGAUUUUAGCCGCUAAUAAUCUGUCACCUUGGCUUUCAUUAUGCAAAGACGUUCUAACGGUCGCAACAGAAUCGAGUACGUUGGAAGACAUUACAAAUGUAAACACAGAAGAGGCAACCGCUGAUAAUGAAAACGCCGAUGCAGAGGGUGAUGAUGAUCAAGCUGAGUUUCACGCCGACGAAUCUACUAAGCAACGUCAAACAGUUUCACCGCGUUGGCCUACUAGGGUUUUUGCAGCACAAUGUGUUCGUCGUAUCAUAACGGCUUGCGCAAACGAUAAGCAGGUCCAUUUCGACUUAUCUAUGGCCAAGGAAUUGCAGAACACGAAAGGCAAAGGCGACUUUCUUGUUUUACAUCUAUCAGAUUUGGUUCGUAUGGCAUUCAUGGCAGCGACAAGUGAUUGUGAUCCUUUGCGUUUAGAAGGUUUAAAGACCUUACAAGAGAUUAUAGACAAAUUUGCUAAAGUUCCAGAACCUGAGUUCCCUGGACACUUGCUACUAGAACAAUUUCAGGCUCAGGUUGGAGCUGCGUUAAGACCGGCAUUUUCGGCAGAAACAUCGCCGCAUGUUACUGCAGCUGCUUGUGAAGCUUGCAGUGCAUGGAUAGGAAGUGGCGUUGCUAGAGAUCUUAAUGAUUUGCGAAGAGUUCAUCAGCUCUUAGUAUCGUCUUUAGAAAAGUUAAGAGAAGGACAUACGCGAGUUCAAAUCUACAAUGAAAGCCUUUCUACUCUUGAACGGCUGGCAAUUUUAAAGGCUUGGGCAGAGGUAUAUAUCGUCGCAAUGAUAAACGAUGGUUCAGCAUUAGAUAAUAGAGAGUCUACAAAUCGAAAAAAUCGGCAAAAUAACGAAAAAGAUGAAGAAGAUUUUGGAGAAUUCGAAUUUCAGAAGGAAAGUUUAUUAAGUUUGGUACAGCCUGAGCUUCCAAGCUUGAGCCAACACUGGCUCGCGGCAUUGCGAGAUCAUGCUUUACUGUCUCUUCCUCCAGAAUUUUCAAGUCAAUUACCGCACGAUGGUGGAGCUUUUUAUACAACGGACACUAUGGAAUCAGCUCGUCCAUACUACUCGAAUUCUUGGGCACCAAUUUUGUAUGCUGCAACGCUUUGGUUGAAUGUGAAAGGUUUUGAGUUGAAUGAAAACACUGACAUAAAUACCAAAAACUCUGAUGGAACCAAUAACAAUCACACAACUAAGACUGAUUCUAACAAAGAACGUUUUCAUUUACUCUUUGGAAUUUGCAUGGAGGCUUUGUGCAGUACACGUUCUUCUGAAUCUAUACAAAAUAUCGAAACUUGUCUAAGCGCAUUAUACACUUUGCUCGAUUCUGGUUGGGCUAGAAACGUUUUAAUGAUUAAUCGAUCUCUUCCAGUUGAGCUAUGCAAUGUUUUGCACAGACUGUUGUUAACAAAGGAAAGUUAUUCUAUUCAAAUGAUGGUAAUGGAAGUAUUAAAACAAGUAAUCAAAGCUGCUCAAGAGGACUUGAGUGAACGAAAAAAAGCCAAAUUAAGAGAACUUACAUCUGAUGAUGAUGAAACGAAAGACGUUCCAGAAGUAGAUUUAUUAGGCGAAGGAGAAGAUACAUCAGAUUUAACGCCAGGAACGUCAUUAGUUUUUGCAGUAUUAGAAGUAUGUUUAUGUUUAUUAGUCCGACAAAUUCCAUCGUUAAAUCCAAAUCCUGACGGAGCUACAGCUAUAUUAAGCCAACGAGGGUACUUGCCUACGGAAGAAAGCGGCAAACUCAUUGCAGCUGCUCUUUCGGUAAUGGAAGCUCUUCCAAACCUUUGCUCUCCUACAGGGUCAAUCUCGAUAUUGCCUACGCUUCUUUAUCUCACAACUGGUGUCAUAAGAGAAACUGCGGUUCGAUCAGAGAACAAUAUCAUCAAAACUGGCACUGAAACACCAAUACAUGCCGCGUUGCAUUGCUUAAGGACUCUCGCUAUGAACAGAUACUCCAGAGAUCCUCGUAGCCAGGAUCAAUGGACAUCACUUUUACAGAGUGCACUGGCAAAAAUCAUUGACCUUGCUAAAGCAGGAAACGACGAAACUAAAAUGGAUGAAGUUGCUAUGAUGUUAGGAAUUGCAGUUUUCGUUCUCCAUGCUUUACCAGAAGUAGUCAGUGCGCCAAACUUGCAAUUUCCAUGCAUAAAUCAUUUCAGACAAGCUAUUCAAUCUGAAAAUAUUUACAUAAGGCUAAAGUGUGUGCAAACACUUCGAACGAUCUUCCUACAUCCUGAACGCUGUAUAAGUACACCGUAUAUCCAUGCACUUGCACCGAGAAUAGUAGAAUUUUUGUAUAGCGAUCAGAGUAAACAAGUAACAAAUGAUGCAGAUUUACAAUUUACUUUGGAGUGUAUCACAACAAUUGAAGGUCUUAUUGCACUUGCAGAACCUACACGACAAGAUCUAUUACAAGGAAUCCAGAUGCUAACAUUAUUAGUUCCAAUUUUAAUAAAUUAUUUAAUGGAGGGUGAGCAACUCCAACAUGGCACAAAGCAUCAAAUUAGUCUUCAUCAACAUAGCUUCCAAUGGUUAAAUAGAAUUGGACCAAAGUAUCCUCAGGAAUUCAAAACUCUGAUGUCCCAAUCAACAGAACUGAAAACCAAAUUAGAAAAUGCAGUACGUUUAAGUCACCAACAACAAGCCCAAAGGCAAUCGAGAAUUUUAGAAUCGACAAAGCCUCAGCUCAAAGUACCUGCACCAUCAAUUACUCUUAAAACUGAUUUUUCAAAUUUCAAUUAAUAAAUAAAAAUUCAUGUUUUACGACGAAUAAUUAUGCCACCGGUGUACGUACAAUGAACAUAGGCGCUAAGUAUUUGUAAAUUUAGAAAUAUUAUAUCAAGUAGUCUUAUGUGCUCGAAAUAUAAAUGCAAAAUCAUGUGUAGUAGCAAUAUUAUAAAGAUGUUACAUAUUUCGUAUACACGACGAUAUUUAUCAGUCAAUUAUAUCUAGAAUCUUUUCUAUAAAAAAAGUUUUAUAAAUGGAUUUUUUUUUAAUAUAUUCACUUUUUCAUAUACUUAAAUGUACUCAAAAUAACAUAUUUUUUGUUGAAAAAAUAUUCAUGAGCUUCCAUGUUUUGUUGUAGAGCCCAACAAAAUUUUAAGAUAGAUAUCGUCAAUAAAAUAAAUAAAAAUAAUGUUUUACAAGUUACUAGUAACAAGAGCAACGACUUUGAAAAUAUAUUUUAGAUGACGCAUGUUAGUUAUUCGAGCACAAUGCAGGAUAUUGAUCCCUUUUAUUGUUUCGAUUGUGUAGGUUGGAAUAGAUCAAUUCUCACUCAUUGAGAAAAAGUGCAUUAUUUCUAAGUUAUGAAGAUUAACUCAAAAUAUAUUUUUAUAAAUGUAAAUUGAUGCACAAAAUAGAUUUAUAAUUGUAAGAGGCAUACUUGAUUGCUUAAAAUUACGUGCCAUGAAUUAUUUCUAUUUUAAAAGACUUUUAUAAAAAGUUAAAUCAGUCUUGCCGAUUUUAGUUUGUAAUUAUAUGUUGUACAUUGUAUUUAAACAAGCAUUUGUAAUUAUUAUUUUAAAGAAUUUAACGUUUUGUCAUAAACCUCGCCUAUUUGAAGCAAUGAAUACUGGCAGUAAAAGAAUUAAAUAAUAAUGUAAUAAAAAUCAGUGAACUGAACAAUUGUAUGUAAAAUGUACGUAAAGCAGUAUUAGCAUGAACUAUUACUUUGAAAACAUACUUUUUGGCAGUUAUUUUGACUUCUAUUUAUUCAAUAAAUUUAACAAAUAUUCAGAUUCUGGCCAGUUGUCAUAUUUUUAAGUAUAAUUUAUUUAUAGAAUUUUAAUACGUCUAAAAUAAAAGUAAAUUAAAUAACAUCAUAAUAGUAUACAUUUAGACUUACGAUUGCAAAAAACUCAUACAAAAUUGUGUAAAAAUUUUAGUCAAGAGUACAUAUUAUCAAAAAGAAAUAAAAAAAUUAUUUUUAGCUCUUAAUUGGAGUAAAAUUUUAUGCACAUUAUUAAUUUAUUUUAAAUAAAAAAAUCAUUAAAAUAAAUAAAGUAGGGUUUGUGAUUAUAUAUUAUCUCUAUUAUGAAAAGUUACACUAAAUUAUGUAAAAUCGUGUAAUAAUGUAUGAUUAGACAUUUGUAUUGUAUGUACUUCUAGAAGUUUAGAAUAUGAUAUGUAGUUUGUGAAAAGUGUAACAGGGUAGAUCGAUAAAAUACAAAAUUUCAAGAUAAAAUAACAGUAAAUUAUAAGAUAUGUCAUUUGCUGUGAUUACUCUUUUUAAAAGAACAACAUUUACAAAUAAGAAUUGUAAGUUAUUUCUUUAUUGAUUGUGUCAUCAAAAUAUAUCGUGUUACUUUUCUGGAACAAAAAUUUGACAUGGCAAUAAAUACACACAUUUUGUAUAUACAUAAAAUACGAUAAUAACAUGUAGAUGUAUGUAAUUAAUAAUCAUCUCAAAGAUAUGAAACAAUAGGUGUACUCUAACACUUUCUUGGUUUUCAAAAUCAUAUCGUCGCUCCCUACAAAGAGUGUUUUCAUUAUUAGUGCCGAAGACUAACACAUUUCAAUUCUCGCUGCGAAGACUAGUACGUUUCACGGCACACACUAACAAUAUUUGUAGUAUAAGAAAAACUUAUGAUAAUUUAAUGAUUUUUGUACUAGCUGGCUAUUUUUAAGAGGAUGUUAUUAUGUACUGCUUUGUUCAUAAAGUUUAUCAUUUUUUUAGUCAUGAUAUCUCACAAUCGCUAGUGUUUUCUUCAAAUGUGUUAUCCUUCGAAGCGGGGCAUGAAAUGGGUUAGUCUUUGCGGUAGACUCAUAAUGUGCUAAUUUUCGCGGCAAUAACGAAUAGUUUCUUGAUCUUUUUAAUUUUUAUGAUAAAAAGAAAAUCUAUGAAAAAGAGUAUGUAGACAUAAAAAAUAGGCAAAAACUAUAUUCUUAAUCCCAUAUCUAGUGGGAUGUAAUACAAAUAUAUAUAGUUAAUACAAGUCAUCUUAUUUUUUAUAUGCAAUAAUUUUGAUUGACUGUGAUUAUACCCGAUAUGUUUUUGGCGCACGCGUUUACUUGUCACGUGUAGGGAACAAACUGAAUGUAAUCAAAAGGUGUCAAGUUUAGAAAAUUGUAUUUUGCUUUUAUAUUUUAAAAAUUAUUAUGUAUUAUUAUGUUAUUUCAUGAUAUAUUUCGUAAUAAAGAGGCAUACAAUAGAA